AUGGCUGACAAUAAAGUGAAGUCGACCAAGCCUGUGAAUAAGACUCCUCCAAAGUCUCCUUCAGAUCCAGCAAAGGACCGAGCAGCAAAACGAUUAUCCUAUGAUUCAAACAGUUCCCAUGAGGGAGCUAUGGCAGGAGAAAUAAGUGCUCUGGAAGAAGCCUUUAGAAAAUUUGCCAUCCAUGGUGAUACAAGAGCCACAGGAAAAGAAAUGCAUGGGAAGAACUGGUCAAAGCUGUGUAAGGACUGUCAUGUGAUAGAUGGGAAGAAUGUGACAAUCACAGACGUUGACAUUGUCUUCAGUAAAAUCAAGGGAAAGUCUUCCAGAACUAUCACUUUUGAGCAGUUUAAGGAAGCUCUUCAAGAACUCUCCAAGAAGCGAUUUAAAGACAAGAGUGAUGAGGAAGCAAUUCAAGAAAUGUAUAAACUAAUUGAAGGAAAAGCCCCGAUUAUAUCUGGAGUAACGAAAGCCAUUUCAUCUCCAACUGUAUCACGCCUUACAGAUACAUCAAAAUUCACGGGUUCUCACAAAGAGAGGUUUGAUCCCAGUGGGAAAGGAAAAGGCAAAGCUGGCCGAGAAGAUCUGGUGGAUGCUUCAGGAUAUGUAUCUGGCUAUAAGCAUGCAGGCACAUAUGAUCAUAAAGUACAAGGAAGCAAGUAAGGCUGAGGGUUUACAACACAGAGGGAGAAAAAGAGGGGGGAAGAGAAAAUAUUUGCGAGAAUGAUGUAGAUGAAUCCCACAUGUUUUGGUUAUUGUGAAUGCUAAGACUAUGUUGUCAAGAAGUUGUUUUCAGGAACUGGAACUGAUUUCAACAUCUGCUGAGCUACUUGCAGCACAAUGCCACUUCAUUACAUUCCUCAUGCGUAUAUUGGCAAAAAUAAAUAUAUCGGUAAAAAAGUACAUCAUUUUGUUGAGCUUUAGACAAAAAAAAAAGUCAAGAGCAGUUAUACCACACUUUGUCAAUUCAAGCAAAAGAUCUCAAACAUUCCUAAAUGUCCAGUUGCCCUGAGGGUGUUGAAGAGAACCUCUUGAAAAGAGGGUCUUUCAUAGCAGUCUUUCUGAAGAAUAUCCCAUUGUUUAUGCAGUUUGAUUUGACUACUGUUUUGGGGCUUUUUUAAAAUGUCUUAUACGGGAUCUGGCACUUUCGUUAAAACAUUCAACAAUAUGCUAUUGGGGAGUAAGUGGUUGUAAUGUACAAAGUUCUAGCCUGUAAAUGUCAUACACCACUCAUAAAAAAACUGAAAAAAAGCUAUUUCUAGGACAAUAUAGGUUCCAAAGUAUUUAACAUCAACAGAAAGAGGUGGAAAAUACCAGCCCUUACUUUCCUCCUGUCUAUACUUUGUGCUUGUUACUGUGUGUACUUGUAGCAUGGUUCUGACUGGCUGGAUUUGGAUGGAGCUAUUGUACUAACCUGAGAGGUGAGGAACAAGACAUUACUAAAGAUCUAUCAAAGCUUUUUGCAGUCUGUUUUCAAGUUUGCACUGCCUCACAUUUGAAAUGAAGGGGGCAUUAAGCUAAUAAUGCUUUAAAAUAUUGAUUAUGACUAAACACUGCCAAUCAGAUUAUGUUGUUAUGCACAUACAUUGGGAUGUAUUCCCUUUAAGCUAUAACAUAUGUAAGGAAAGUUUAUGGCCUCUUGGAAUAAGGACAUUUACAAUUAAUAUCCAUGUAAUUAGGUGCAAUUUGCCCCCACGAAUAUACUAUUAUAACAAGGCUACAUUUUAUGUUAGAUUUGUUUGAAGCCUAGGGAUUUACUUCUCUGUUCACUUUUGCUGCCUAACUUAGGAGUAAUAGUACUGAUGAGAAUGGCAUUCCACUGCUAUAGAAGGAGAACCAAUUCCACAGGCUUAAGGUACAGGCAGCUGAGUGUGACCUGCCUGGGGCCCAGAAUGCCAAAACAGCUUAAUAGGAAUAAAAAUAACUCAUUUUUUAUAUUGGUUAAAAAGGAGAGAAAAGGCUGGUCCAAUUUUCCACAAGAGCUGGACAAGUACCCUAAUGUAUUACUCUGCUUCUCUAAAAUUAUGAAAGAUAAGAUUUUUAGUAUUCAAAAACAGCUGCUAGCAGUUCUGCUUUGCUUUCUUUCAAAAAGAGCUGAUGCACUGAUUUUCACGUUUGACUCUGAAUAAAGGUUAAUAAAUUUAUUGCUUUCCCCCCACCCAUAUCAGCAUCCCACUCAGAGUACGUAAUUUUAGUGAGCAGUGUGUGCUGUCAUGUGCCAUGCAGGUCAACAGUCUGUAUUUGGCCAAUGUCUGGAAACAGAGCACUGGUUUUCAGCCCCUAAACUGUUCACGUUUUGUUUUUCUGACAUUGAAUGGUAGCUUUUCUUGUAACUUUGCCUCCAGUGACUCUUUGAGCCCAUACAUCAGUCUGAAACCAAAACAAAAAUAGCAAACAAAGGCAAGGACUUCCUUGUGGACUUGGAGAUUUUUUGUUUGUUUGUUUAUAAUUUAUUUUGGGUUUUGUUUUGAAGAGGGAGGGAGGCUUGCCAAAACUCAGCACAUGUUCUUGUAAAGAUUUAAGUGGCUUUUCCCAUGGUUGGCUCUGGUUACCUGGGAAGAGUUUUGAUGUAUACAAGGAUGCCCAAGAUGAGAAGCAUCCAGCUUUGUGAAGCCUUUCCAAGAGUUGCCUAUUGUUCCUGAAGAAAAAUUUCCAUGGAAUGAAGGAUUAUCCACUACUGUGUUGCACUGGUGACCUGUCACACUCUGAGGCAGAAAAUAGCAUACUGUGAUACCAACAAUGCUAAAUUAUUCCAGCGUGGUAGUGAACUGUCUAAACGUAUAGAACCUUCUUCUACAUCACUGGUGCCUGUGCACCUGAAGAAGGCUCCAGGAUAGACCUGUUUUUUAUGAAUAAGAAGGCUAAGCCUCUAACCAUUGAUAAAUCCUUCAGCUAAGUUCCAGGCAAAACCAGUGUCCCUGUUCUUCCCAUUGACUUUAAGACUUGACUCAUAACUCAUUGGUAACUGAAAAGAUCUGGACCCAGCCCAAAUGAAGGGUGAAGUCCAGUCUACUGCAGAGCCCUUUCAGCACACUGUUGAUCUGGCUGUUUGUUGCUGGCUAGCUGCCUUGUCUGGCAUAUCAGGUGAUACCUAACCUGAGAUGCACAAGUGACAGGCUUUCUCAAGUACCCAAAUACUGAGCGUCAGUAAGGCCAGACUGUUGCUACACAGGAGGAGUGAUUGGUUAGGAAGAUUUUAAGGUAUAAUUAGGUUUUAAGUUGCUAGUUCACAGUGUGAGAGAGACCAGCACCCUCAUAAGAUAGAAGGCAUGCAAAGGAAUUGAGAAUGCGGGCAGAUCCAAGCUGACAUAGACUAGAAAUUGAGCUACUCUGCUUAGAAGAGGCUGAUGGAACUAGCUGGGGUUCUGCCAGAGUUUACUUUGCAUUACUUGUACAGUAUAAAAUCCCUGCCAUGAACCAAAGCACUUUGUAUAGACCUUUGCAAAGUUCUUUGAAAUACUUUCAAUAGCAUAGUAAGCUUUGGAUCAGGACCUGAGAAAAUAUAUAUAUAUAUAAAAAACCUGCUUCAGAUAGCAGUAUUUUAUUUUGAGG